AUGUCCUCCCAAUUUUUACAGACGGAGAUCGCCAAUUUGAUCCAUGAAUCUCGAAGGAAAAACUCAGAUUUGCGAAAUGCCGCCGAACAAUCACUGAAUGAGCUUAAAGCACUACCCUCCACCUCAGAAGCUCAAAUAGCAGCAGACCUUGUCCGCAAACCGAAUUUCGUUGAGCCAUUCAUUAUUGCAUGCCAUACUCGGCAUGCGAAGCUCGCUGGUAUUGGUGUUAUCUGCUUACAGCGGCUAAUUGCGUCUCGUUCGUUACCCUCAAGUCGCCUGAAAGAUGUCCUUGGGGGCUUAAAGGAGACAACGAGCUUGAGCCUCGAUAUUCAGCUGAAAAUCUUACAGUCUCUGCCCUCACUUUUACAGUUCUAUUCUAAUGAUCUGAGCGGGGAGCUUCUUGCUAACGCAUUGGAAAUAUGUAUCACAUUACAGGCAAGCAAAACGAUUGCUGUCUCCAGUACUGCUGCAGCUACCCUUCAGCAACUGGUGGUAUCGACAUUUGAGCGGGUUUCAAGCGAGGACAAACUUUCUAAUGAUGCUAAAGCUACUACAACUAUCAAAAUCGAUGGCCAGUCACUCGACAUAGGAUAUUUUGCCUACGAUGCACUACAGGUACUGGAUGAUUUAUGUCGCCUGAUUGAUGGAGAGCCACUGCAAUUCUUGCGAACACGGAGUUUGCCUCCGACUUUUGUGCUCGAGCUUAUCGAGAGUAUUCUCCUGAACAGUGGCCGGCUUUUUGUGGGACACCCCGAACUUUCACAUGUGCUGCGCGUUCGGCUAUUACCACUAACUGUCCGUUGUCUUUCUGAGAGGUUUUCAUUCGCCCAGACUGUCCGCGUUGCUCGAAUACUCCUCAUAGUUCUGAAGCGCUAUAUGUCUCUUGUGACUACGGAAUGCGAGAUGGCAUUAAGUCUGAUAACCCAUCUCGUCGAACCGGACGCAACAGCGCCUUGGAAGCGACUCAUUUGCAUGGAAGUUUUUAGAGGACUGUACUCCGAGCCGGGUGCUGUACGGUUAAUCUACACGCUUUAUGACGAUGAGGAAGGAAGAAAGAACAUCCUCCGGGACCACAUGGCAACGCUUGUUCGGCUGGCUUCAGAGAAGCCUGCGUUGAUUGGUGUCAGCAACCAAUCCACAGUACCUUCACGCGCUGAUCACUCAAGAUCUACCACGGAGGAUCAGAUAACGCUUGAGACUGGUGGCGUUGCUGGUGUUAUUGGAUCAACUGUUCCUCCAAGUGAAGCCAAUGUGCCAGGAAUCAGCACACAGUGGAGUGUUGUUCGCACGCCAUAUAUUGAGCUUCUUGAUAAGACAGAUCCACCUGCACCGCCUGAAACUUACAUUUACAGCCUUGUUCUGAACUGUAUCAGCAGUUUUGCUGAAGGGCUCGCGAAAUUCAUCCUUCCGUUGACUGUGCCGGACUUAAAGCAACGACGCAAGAACCGACUUUUGAGUCCCACGCAAGGUCCUGAUUCCGCCAGGUCGUCUCAAGAUUUUACAGCAGAACCCAUCCGAAGGCAGCCAAGCUUGCCAUCAAAGAAGUCACAUGUUCCCAUCAACCCUCUGGAGCUACAGUCUCAUAUCCAGUAUUCCGCCAUUAAAACCUGUGCAGGCAUAAUCGAGAACUGUUGGCCUGCUGUCCUUGCGGCUUGUUCGACUUUUCUGCGCGCUUCCUUGGAUGAUGAGUACUAUCACAAUCUCGUCCGAGCGUUUCAAAAAUUGGCUCAUGUGGCGGGUCUUCUGAGGUUGUCUGUCCCCCGAGAUGCCUUUUUAACAACUCUUGGAAAGGCUGCUACGCCUGCGAGUUCGGGUCCUUCCAAAUCACAGAAUGCACCUGCUACUGGAUCCCAGCAGAGUGACUUGCUCCACAAGAAACGCAAAAGUGCGGAUUUGUCACAUAUCAGCUCUGCAACAAUGGAUUCUGCAGGAACACCCACAGGGGAAGGGGCUCCGGUGUCUAUAAGCACAAGAAACCUGCUUUGUAUGCGGGCUUUGCUCAAUCUUGGAAUUGCUUUGGGACCGACAUUGGAUCAGCCGGCCUGGUCCAUUCUUUUCGAGACACUUCAGUAUACCGGACUGGUGAUUGGCAUGUCAUCAAGUGCGAUGGUCAAAUCCGCCAGUGGGGCUGGGGAAACUUCAGUCACUUCAGGAAAUGAUGUGCCGACUGCUAAUCUCGGAACCGAGGUCAUUGCGGUCCAGGCGGCUUCUAGUAAAAUGAUUGAAAGCACCAGCGAUUUCCCAAGUGCAUCAUUCCAGGAAAUAUUACUUGCCUUGUUGAACCUAUCUACCUUUACAGAGCAGCGUCGCCACCAGGGAGAUCAACAGGAAGUAUCAGAACUGCCUCAAUCGCCUCAAUCUUCCCGAGGACCUGGACGUUUGCAUCAGGGUGCCCGGCGUGUCUCGCAUACCGUCGGAAAAUCAAGAUUGCAAGACGAAGAGCUCAAAUUCGUACUGGAAAAAACCAAUGAACUCGCCAAGGCAAACCUAGGAAGAAUAUCCUCCCUUGAAGAUGGUGACAGCGAAGCAUGGGAAUUGUUGACUCAAAGUCUCAUUUCGGCUUCCGCAAAUACUACCGCCAGUCCGAAUCUUCGCCUGCAGGCAAGCACGAUCUUGAACUCACUGGUGUUUUCAACGAUGAAACAAAGGGACGAAGACGAUGAGAAAGUUUACAAUCAAGUGCAGAUCAGAAAUCUCCAGACAUUGAAAGCCCAGGUGGCCUCGCUCUAUGCAUCAGACAUGCAUACUUCCAAGUCUUUACCAACAACAGUGAUUGAAAUUCACGAGCAGAGCUUGGAAGUACUGAAGAACAUACUUGAACAAUAUGCGGAGACUUUUGUGGACGGUUGGCAUCUCGUCUUUGAUUUGAUAUCCGGUGUUUUCCAACCUACACCAGAGCCAGAGACUGGUGAUCGACCUUCCACUUUGAUACAGCGUAGGGCAUCGGCUCUCCCGGCAGGACCCCGCUUAGUACGUGCUGCUUAUAAGUCUCUCAAUCUUGUUGCUUCCGACUUCCUUUCCCUGCUGCCGGCGCCCUGUCUCUUGAGCUUGGUGAAUUCCUUUUCCAGCUUUGCACUGCAAACCCAAGACUUCAAUAUUUCUCUCACUACCACUUCGUUUUUCUGGAAUGUUUCCGACUUCCUCCAGGGACAAAUCGAGCAAAUAUCAGUUGGCCAUGUUGAUGCAUCCAUUAGUGAAGAAGAGUUAACUAUAUUGGCUCGUGACGAAGACCCGUCUGUUUCUCGGAACUCAUUGUGGUUGCUGCUGUUGCUCCGUAUUGUUGACAUCACGACAGACAGCCGAUCUGAGAUUCGGAAUAGUGCAGUCCAUACUCUUCUACGUAUCUUUGAUGCCUACGGGCAACAGCUCUCACCGGAAGCGUGGCGUCUGUGCCUGAAUAUGGUGCUCUUCAAGAUGACCGAGGGAAUUGAAACUACUCUUCAAGCCAAGCACAAUGGACGGGAUGCAAAAUCGGAUGACUUCAAAGCGUGGGUCGAUACGACAGUGGUAAUGAUUAACGGAUUAUCGAAUCUGAUCACAAACUUCUUUGAAACCCUUGUGCGUGACGAAAAGUUUGAUCAAUCGUGGAAACGACUUUUGAAAUACUUGCAAAGCUUGAUUGACUUGCAUAUUUUGGAGUUCAGCGAAGCAACAUUCUCUAGCAUCUCAGCAACUCUCCUCAGAGUCCAGAAUGCCAGUGAACUCAGCAACGAUGCCCUUGAAUGUACCUGGCUUCUUUGGGCAAACGGACAUCCUGCUGGUGAUGAAAAGAUGCUUGAUCUCGAUCAACCUAAUCAGGAUGCGGCUUUAGCCUAUCUUAAUACAUUCCAACAGGUUUAUCGCCUUUACAAAGACCAAUUGACCACGAAACACAUUGAGAAGGUUCUUCGCCACUUCAGCUUGCUUGUGUGGAACUCGGUUUCUCCGCGCUACUCUCCAGAUCUUGAACGACCCUCAGCGCUGCAAGCGCUAGCCAUUGGUUGUAUCAAAGAGCUUUGUAUGGAGAAAGAGGAAUCGCAGCCAGAUAUUCUUCUGUGCCUUGCUGAACUAUCUGAUUCAGCAUUAACAAAAUGGAGCCCCGGCAGCGACACACGAAGACCAACCUUCGUGGCCUUCUCCAAAACCACCAUCGACCUUAUCAGCUGGUAUGUUGCCGAAUUCGGCAUCAAGCAAGAUGUGUUUACGAAUAGUGCCCUUGCAAAUUCUCUCAAACAUCUCAGUGCUCUCAUCGCGCAAAAGUACACAUGGCAAGGGAAGGACCGUGAACCUUUCUUGUGGCAAAAUGCCACAACGGCCUCCAUGAACGUUCUCCAAGUUGCAGUCCCAUAUGUGGAAAAGCAAUAUACGAAGACAAACGAGCCCCAAAUAUCGCAAUUCUGGCAAUGUGUGGUCGACAUCACCAAUGGGAUUGUUUCCGCGCACGGAUUUCAAGCUCAACAACUCCCAACCGCCCGAAUCGCAGCAGACGAAGCCUUCGACAUCAAAGCCUUCACCCGUUUAAAGACGCUUAUCCUCCCAUCCCUUGGGGCCGCAGCAAUUCCAGACGCCAUACGUCGUGACUUCGCGCGCGCUCUCUUCCACUCUUCCUUCAUCUACGCCCCCCUCCGCUUCGACCUCCCCACCACAGGCCUCGAAGACGCGCCCCUGCAAGACUUGUACACCGUGCGCCCCGGUCGUACCUUCGAUCCACCACCUACCCAGCGCCCAGGAAUUGCAUAUGCUCUCAUAGACACCCUCUUCGAACUCGCCACGCACUCGCAAGUCGAGGCCGAGCCCCAAGCCGACAGCCCAUCCCCGCAGACCCUGCUCGCCCGCUCGAUCUCGCCUUACCUUAUUCUCCGCUGCGCGGUCUCACUCAAGUCCUAUAUCGCAGACCAGCCGCUGCGCGGCUUGAUGCCCCAGCCCACACCGGCCCGCAAGGCUCUGCUGCAUCUUCUCCUCCGCCUGGUUGAGCUGAAGAGCGAGCCAUCAGCGAUCCCGGAUCCGCCUGCGCUGAAGACCACUUCGAUCGUUAAGUCUGGGGACAUGGUUCCGCUUCACUAUCGUAGACACCUUGAGUGGAUUUAUCCGUUGGCUGUGCGCGCUGUGCAGGUCGCCGGUAAAGAGCGUGAUGAUGGGCAGAUCCUCCAGGCACUGGGGAAGGUGUUGGAGGAAAUUGGUCAAUUUGGAUAUUAG